CCCUUUUAUACUGAGGAUUCCAACAACACUCCAGAUUAAAGUCUCAGUAUAUCAUACUCGUGGUCGUAUUUCUACUAUUAGUGAUUGAUUGUCGCAGCCAUGUAGUACUUUUUCAUUCACUUGCAUAUGAAAUUCUUCUUUGAUACCCCUGCGCAGUAAUUUUAUUCCUCCACUCCAUCCACCCCAGUUCCACUCUAUCAACCACCACUCUCGUCGUCAUGGAAGAGAAAAGAAAUAAGAGAAAGAGAGAAGAAGACAACAUUCUCCCUCUUCUCUCACGCACGGACGACCUUGAAACUACUGCUUCCAAGAUGGUCGCUAUCGCUACCGCCAUCGAAAAUGGAGAGAACAUCGCGCAGCGAACGGGAUUCCAGUUCUGCUCUCCACGCCGUGAUGCCGAGACGAUCGCCAUGUCACAGAUGAAACCCAUGGAACUAGAAAUGUACGAGAUGUGGAGGGGAUACAAUAGUCUCUCUUCUCACGCUACUGCGACUACACCAACAAAACAGACAAACCCGCCAUAUACCCCUCCACCCUUUGACUGGGAGAAGAACCGCGCGGCGAUCCCGAAUGGAGCCCACAGUCUCAAGACAUUCACCCAGCGCGCCGAAGCGAUGGAUAUCACAUGGAACCACCAGGGAGCUACACCGGAGCACGCGGCAUGGUUGACUUACAAUCUGCCGGAGCUGUUACCCCUCGUCAAAGCCGUGAGAAGGGUGCUCACGGCAGAGAAACAGGCGAAACUUGAUCCGCUCUCCGGACUGACUCCGAGUGAAUACGCAGAGGUACGGACUCUACAGAAGGUGGGUGCCAUCAGCAACGAGAAUGUACGGCGUGAGAAGGAGAGGAUAAAUCGUUUGAUGAGGGGGAUUCAGGAGAUUAUGGCCAUUCUGAAGACACGGGCUGAUGUGAUGGAGGCUAGGCUGAUUGCCAAGGGGAUAGAGAUUCCGCCUAAUAGUAAACACUAGGAAUGCCUAGGUAUAAUGAGGAUCGUACUCGCAAUACAAGGAUCGUCAGGCAUUGACAGCGAGAGUCACCACUCAGACUGGCCUAACCGCAUAUGGCACUUGCUAGAGCUCGCGUUCCACGAGGCUAUUCCGCUUUCUGUUUCCUCCUGAUCGCCGUCAGCAUCUUAUUUUACCUAAAUUUCAGUGACUGUCGGUGGUUUAGGGGUUCUUUCUGAAUCUUUUUACUCUGUAC